AUGACCACUACACUCUACAUCCAGGAAAGUUCAGCAGAUCUGAAAUGGCUUACCCAUAACAACUACAGCCUCCAGGUCGCAAAAUCUGUAUCUUCUCCCGGUGCUCACAGCAAGCCCACGUUCAACGUGGUUUACCAGUCGCAGAAGCUUGCCCCAUCCAUGAAUGUUUCGUGGACUCCGCAGUAUGGUCUCAACUGGACCACACAGAUGCCAGCUAGUGGCGCCCAAGUCGUCUACUCGGGAAAUUGGCAACCCUGUGAUCUUGGUCAAUCCUAUAAUUUGACGAGCGAUGGUGAAUGGAUCAUCAACAACGACGACCCCAACAAGGACUCCAUGUCUGUGAAUGUGGGCUUGAACGGCUACCCCGGGCCGGUGAAUAUCAUUGUGGGAAUUCUUGAUCCAAACACUAAUAUAUGGCAAGCGAUCUUUGUCAGCCCGGACCAGCUGUCGCCACGGGGCUUCGGGCAAUAUCAGCCCAGAGACGACGUGGAGAUGUGGUACGAGGAGGGGAUGCGGACGGAAACCAUUAUUCUGAACCAGGAUACCGCCAUCGAGAACUUCAGCAUGACGGGCAAAGCUCUGCAGUAUUUCUGGUACAGCACUAACUCGGGAAAAUGGGAGAACUCGCCGGACCCAUUUCCAUUUAACUCGUCGAAGUAG